AUGCAGACCCUUCAAGUUAUGAUCGCCCGCUGUGUGUUCGGAUUCUCUAACCGGGAGGACUGGGGGGCUGGUCUGAUCCCAGACAUCGGCGCUAUUGUGCGCAUUGCAAUGCGACUAGGCCUGCACCGUGAUCCAUCUCAUUUCUCCAAUAUGACACCUUUCCAAGGAGAAAUGCGCCGUCGGAUCUGGACUAUAAUAUGCCAGAUUGACACACUCUCAUCCUUUCAUCUAGGAAUGCCAGCUGCCAUCCGGACAGGAGACGGGGAUACUGAGGCGCCACGCAACCUGCUCGACACAGACAUUGACGAUGCAAUGUCUGAGUUACCACCCUCGCGACCGUUUUCGCAGCAUGUUCCAUUGGGGUACAUGCUUGUAAAAAACGAUAUAUUAGGUGUGAUGAAGCGAAUUGUUGAAUCGUUGAACUCCAUACACGAGGAGCCCUACGAGGUUGUUCUGCAGCUUGAUAGAGACCUUGCUCAGGUGUACGCGAUGAUCCCAGCAUAUCUGCGACUCAAUAACUGGGAGAAUGCGCACAAUGACCCACCAUAUCUGGUCCUCCAAAAGGUCCAGUUGGACACACUCUACCACCAAAUCGUAUCUGUACUUCAUCGGCGAUAUCUGCGCGAGGCGAGGACGGAUUCAAAAUAUGCUGUCUCAGAGCAACGAUGCGUUGAUUCAUCGAUGGUCUUGCUGAGCCAUCAAACCAUGAUCUACAAGGAGUCUCAACCAGGCGGGUAUCUGAACCCCAACUUUAGGUAUGCCAUUCCCCCUGAGGGCAUGAAUUUUACCCUUGCUGCGAUGGUACUCUGCCUAUAUCUCCAGUACCGAACAAAAACAAAGCGAGAGGACCUCCUAUCUGCAAAUACGAAGGACCAAAAGCUGUUUCAAGCUCUGAACACCUCGCACGCCAUAUGGAAACAUCUAUCGAACGAGCAUCACGAGGCGGGCAAGGUGGCAAACGUACUCGACAAAAUCAUGGGGCAACUGCGUCCGAGGUUGUCUUUGCUAGACGAUAGAUUAUCAGCCCUUGAACCGGGAGUACCAUUCAGCUGCGGAGAAAGCUCCCAUAUCAGUGCUCAGUCUACGACUCGUUCUGAGUCAAGUCUCAAUCUUAAUAUUAACUGCACGGAAAGUGAGGGUAUAGAAAUGAGUGACGUUAAUUGGGACGUCUGGGACUCGUUUGUUCAAGGCAGGGGUUCGUUUUGA